GCUCGCGCUUUUCUCUCCUUCUCCAAGAUGGCGGCGAUCGUCGGCGCUGAGGCGGGAUCCGGGCGAGCCGAGUGAAGACCUGGUCCUGUAGACGGGAAGGAGCCUGGACACAGUGACACAUUCUCAAAGGCCCUGCAGGACCACCAUGGCUUAUGAUGACUCCGUGAAGAAAGAAGAUUGUUUUGAUGGUGAUCAUACCUUUGAGGACAUAGGACUUGCAGCUGGCCGAAGCCAACGAGAGAAAAAACGUUCUUACAAAGAUUUUUUAAGAGAAGAGGAAGAAAUUGCUGCUCAGGUUAGGAAUUCUUCCAAGAAGAAGUUGAAGGAUAGUGAACUUUACUUCUUGGGGACGGACACACACAAGAAGAAGAGGAAGCACUCCUCUGAUGAUUACUACUAUGGAGACAUUUCGUCUUUGGAAUCGUCACAGAAGAAAAAGAAAAAGUCCAGCCCACAGUCCACUGAUACAGCUAUGGACCUGUUGAAAGCUAUCACUUCCCCACUAGCAGCAGGCUCCAAGCCCUCCAAAAAGACUGGGGAGAAAUCCUCUGGCUCUUCAAGCCAUUCGGAGAGUAAAAAGGAGCACCACAGGAAGAAAGUCAGUGGAAGCAGUGGGGAACUAGCCCUGGAGGAUGGUGGCUCCCACAAAUCCAAAAAAAUGAAACCUCUCUACGUGAACACAGAGACACUGACCCUUCGGGAGCCUGAUGGUUUAAAAAUGAAACUUAUUCUCUCGCCAAAGGAGAAAGGAAGCAGCUCUGUUGAUGAGGAGUCUUUUCAGUAUCCCUCCCAACAAGUGACUGUGAAAAAAUCCUCAAAGAAAUCAGCUCGGGAUGAGCAGGGUGCGUUACUCCUAGGACACGAGUUACAGAGCUUUCUGAAAACAGCCCGGAAAAAGCACAAGUCAUCCUCAGACCCACAUUCAUCUCCUGGCCCUGAAGGCUGUGGGUCUGAUGCCUCCCAGUUCGCAGAGUCCCACAGUGCUAACCUUGAUCUUUCAGGGCUUGAACCUAUUCUGGUAGAAUCAGACUCAUCCUCUGGUGGGGAACUAGAGGCUGGGGAGUUAGUGAUAGAUGAUUCUUACCGGGAAAUCAAGAAGAAAAAGAAGUCAAAGAAGAGCAAAAAGAAGAAAGACAAGGAGAAGCAUAAAGAGAAGCGACACUCCAAGUCCAAGAGAAGUUCAGGACUUUGUGCCGUGCCAGUGGGAGAGGUCACAGUGACAUCUGGCCCUCCUCCCAGCAUCCCAUACGCUGGAGCAGCAGCACCUCCCCCGCCGCUUCCUGGCCUCCACACAGAUGGGCAUAGUGAGAAAAAAAAGAAAAAAGAAGACAAGGACAAAGAGAGAGAGAGAGGAGAAAAGCCAAAAAAGAAGAACAUGUCGGCCUACCAGGUGUUCUGUAAAGAGUAUCGCGUGACCAUUGUGGCUGACCAUCCAGGUAUAGAUUUUGGGGAACUUAGUAAAAAACUGGCUGAGGUGUGGAAGCAAUUGCCAGAAAAAGACAAACUGAUUUGGAAGCAAAAAGCUCAGUAUCUGCAGCACAAACAGAACAAAGCAGAAGCCACAACUGUGAAAAGGAAAGCAUCCAGCUCAGAAGGUUCCAUGAAAGUCAAAGCUUCUUCUGUAGGAGUACUGUCACCCCAGAAGAAGUCCCCACCCACCACCAUGCUGUUACCAGCCUCACCAGCCAAAGCCCCUGAGACAGAGCCCAUUGAUGUUGCUGCUCAUCUUCAGCUGUUGGGAGAGUCCCUAAGCCUCAUUGGACACCGUCUGCAGGAAACUGAGGGUAUGGUGGCUGUGUCUGGCAGUUUGUCAGUGCUUCUGGAUUCCAUUAUCUGUGCCCUUGGCCCCUUGGCAUGUCUCACCACACAACUACCUGAAUUGAAUGGCUGUCCCAAACAGGUCUUGGUGAGUUUUCCCUGGAUUUUUAGGGUCAGACCCGUUGGGUGUCAGAGAUGCCCUGCCUUAAUGAGCACUGUCAGACACACAUAAGGCUUUGUGACACACAGUGCUUCCUUCAUCUGUUGGCCCAUGGAACAUGAUGCUAUAUUAUCAAAUGCAUGCUGUGCUUUCACUGAAACUAGAAAACAAGCCAUUUACCAAAACAGUACUUAAGAAAGAAGCAUUCUAGCCCUUGAGGUACUGCAAUUCCUGUGUUUCCUGUUUGCUAUUCUACACCCAAAGACAGUACAGGAAUUGUUUCCCUCUUUUUUACUAGGAUUAAUGGGAGAAGUCAGCAGAAAAGUUCCUAGCAUAACAAACAAGAGGAUGCCGUCUUCAUUCUCACCUGUUUUUCUAACUCCAUUUGAUUUUUCUUAUCUCUCUCCUUGAACAAAGAAACAUGUCUCAGGAAACCAAGGUAAAGUACUCUUCAGUUGAACAUUUUUCUUUGUUUUGCAGUCAAACACACUAGACAACAUUGCUUACAUCAUGCCUGGACUGUGACAGCAAAGAAUCCUGGGACAGAAACCUUAUCCUACACCACUGCUGGUUUGUGUAUAUAUGACUGUUCCAGAUUCCUUCACUGGCCUCUGGGUGUAGGUUUUAAAUUUUUAUAUCUAUACAUACAUAUAUACAAAUAUAUAUAAUGUACAAUAUAUACAUAGGACUGUAACUACUUUGCUUUUAAUAAUUUUAUGAAAUGGCAAAGGUUUAGCCAAGAGGAAAUUUUGGCAUGAAUACAGGCUUGGGAUUCUUUUUUCUCCUGUGGUGGAUAAAUCUGCCUUAAAAAUCAAUGUAACUUGGGGGCUGGGGGCUUGUUCUGGGUGCCAAGCGCAUCUCUUUAUGGACAGCUAAAAUGUGAUUAUUUUCCAAACUCAGUUGGACCUCCAGACCCAUCACUGACCAUUUGCCUUACCUGUCUUAGUCUGAAAUGUAAUAGGAAAGAUAACAGAAAGAUGCCAGUUGACUGAAAAUUCAAAGCCUUUCAAUUUGAAGUGACCAGGUGAGAGGUGAUAAAAUUUGUUCCCAUUAUAGUUACGGAGGUGGCUUAGGUGAAUUGAGUAGGGGGUUCAUUCCAAUUCCUGCUGUAUAGGUGUCCAUGUCUCAAAAUUUAUUGUAAUCAUUGGUACCACUGGUGGCCUCAACAGAGGCCAAGGAGUUCUGUGAGCCCUGGCAGCAAAAAACACCUUGGGGGGUGAAGCUGUCAGUGCCACCAGUUGGACCUCCAUACAUCUGAGCUAACCCAGAAUAUUUAGUCUGAAGAACUAAGAGCUGGUAGCUUUCACUGGCAGCAUGAAGUUAGCCACCAAGUCCUCACAAGCCGUGCUGCUUAGUUGCUCGGUGGUUAUGGAUAAACUUUGCCCAGCAUGAUUUUUGGGUUCAUCUUAUCAGUUCCCCUGGUGGGCAGAUACACAGUGUUCUGCAUUCCACAUGUAAGUGAAUUGCAAAAACAAAACAAAACUCACUCUCUUGUAGGUUUAUUUAUGUGUGUGUGAAUGUGUAUUUUAAUUAUGUGUAUUUAACUCUUUAAAAUCUCUUAGAUUUUAAUUUAUCCUGUAAAUUUCUGUAUAUAUAAUUUAAUAACAGAAGCCUCCACCAGCAACAGCAUGUGGAAGAUACAGAUUUGUCAUUCCUCCCUCCUUCUCUCCUUCCCUCCCUCCCUCCCUUCCCUCCCUCCCUCUUUCCUUCCCUCUUUCCUUCCCUCUUUCCUUCCUUCCUCCUGGUCUGUCCCAAAAACUGAAUCAUCUACAUUUUAAGGUAUUUUACCUCAAAAAUGAAUCAUUGUGUUAGGAUUCUAAUUCUUUAUAAAGAACUUCAUGGGCUUCAAUAAUGUCUAGAAAGUAAAAUAAAGAGGAACGUUACCGUCCCCAGCUGCCCUUAUUUCCAGAGAACCAGACUUUUGUUUCCCAGUUGGAAAGAAGACAGUUGAGCACUUCAGGAUGGUUUUUAAAUUUGGUGUGAGAUUCUCUGCCAACACCAAGCUCUGAGUUAACUGUGCUUUCUUCUGGCCUAGACAGAGCACUACAGCAUCAAAGUAAAUCUUUGGGGACAGUGUAGCCCGUCUGUAUCCUAUUUAAUUUCUUCUCUUCUCCCCACCAGUGUUGUCACAGGGCUAUGUUGCUUAAAGGUAUUCUGGCUGCUGAAUCCCUUUCUCAGCUCAGAGCAGUUUUGAGAUUUAAUUGGGAAUACAAAGAAAGAAUCAGGGUUGUUUGGGAACCAAAAUCAAGAGGAACAGAAAUCUUAACUUGAUUUCAUGUGUUAGAACAUUGUACCAUGCCUCUUCUGUAUCUUUGGAAGUUUCCUGUUUGACACAGGGUAUCUAGGAGGGGCGGGGAAGACAUGGAUAGUACAGGAAGACAUUAAUCCUAGCAUUGUCAUUUAUAUACAUUAAUGAAAUCCUGAUGAGGACCUGCUUUUUGUUUGUUUUCCUUUGAAACCCAGCCCUAUUGUAUUUGUAUUUAAAAUUUGUACACAUUUGUAUAAUAAUCUGUACCUUGUGGUAUUUGGUACUAUUAGAGGAAAAACUUUGGAUUCAGACCUUCUUGCAGUUUUUAUAUCAUUGUUUUAUUUUGUUUUUUAAAUAAAUUCUAGUGGUUUGAUCCAAAUCCCAUUACAGUUGUAUAAAGAAAUAAAAUUUUGUACUUAUAUUAUUAAAAAUCACAUUUUUAAUAUUUGUA